GAGAUAAAAUAUCCGAUUUUGGCGGUUCAAUUAAGUUGUUCAUCUGUGAAUCAAAUUGUCACUAAAAAUUAGUUGUUGAUGUUAUGUGAAUAAUAUAUAGAAACCUCUAUUUAAUUUGAACUAUUUUUUCAUAUAAAAAUUUAAGUAAUUUUCAAGCAUGGCUGUUAAACCAGUUAAUCACUUAAAUUUAGAUCCUGAGCAACAAAAAAGUUUUGUUUUGUUUUAUAAAUCAUUACCAGAAAAACCAUUAACAACUGUACGUUUUUUCAACCGUCAAGAUUAUUACACCGUACAUGGUCAAGAUGCAGUGUUUGCUGCAAAAGACUUUUACAAAACAAAUCACUUAAUAAAAAUUAUUGGAUCUGAUGGUGAUACAUUGGAAUCAUUAAUAUUUAAUAAAGCUAAUUUUGAAGCUUAUAUUAAGCAAUUAUUAUUGAUAAACCAUUAUCGUGUAGAAAUAUUCAUCAAUAAAGGAGGAAAAUGGACAAUAGAAUUUAAGGGGUCUCCUGGAAAUUUAACCCAAUUUGAAGAUCUUUUGUUUGCUAAUGUAGAACAAAUAGAAGCUAAUACAGUAAUAGCUUUAAAAUUAGGUCCAGAUUUUAGAAACAAUAAGAUUGUAGGAUUAGGAGCUGUAGAUUCUGUGGAAAGAAAAUUUCAACUAAGUGAAUUCACUGAUGAUGAAUAUUUUUCUCAUACAGAGUCUAUGGUGAUAAAAGUAUCCCCUAAAGAAUGUGUGCUCAUGAUUGAUGGUUCAAAUCCUGAUUUUGAACAAUUGAAAAAAGUUGUAGAACGUUGUGGAGUACUAGUAACUUCAAGAAAAAAAGUAGAUUUUUCCACUGAUUCAUUAGUUCAAGAUUUGAACCAAUUAAUAUUAUUUGAAGAAGGACAGCAACUCAAUGCUCAUACUUUACCACAACUUCAUCUUGAAACGGCUUGUGGCGCUUUGGCAGCAGCAAUUAAAUAUCUUGAGUUGUCAUCAGAUUCAGAUAAUCUCAAUCAGUUUACUGUUGAAAAUUUAAAUUAUGAUAAAUUUGUUCAUUUGGAUAGUGCAGGUGUUGAAGCUCUAAAUCUUAUACCAACCCCUGGAACUAUAUCAAAAAAUGAUUCAAUUUUAGGAAUCUUGGAUAAAUGUAGAACUCCACAUGGUCACAGAUUGUUAACACAAUGGAUAAAACAACCUCUAAGAGACUUAAAUAAGAUCAAUGAGCGUUUAGAUAUUGUUGAAUCCCUUAUUAAUGACACAGAUGUCCGUCAGCAGUUACAUGACCAACAUUUAAGAUUGAUACCUGAUCUUCAAGCUCUAAUGCGUAAAAUCCAAAGAAAAAAAGCCAAUUUACAAGAUUGUUACAGGAUAUACCAUGCUGUCCAAAAACUACCUAGUCUUGUAGAAACCUUAAAUAAUUCUGAUCAUAAAACUUUGAAUAGUGUAAUUGUCAUGCCAUUAAAAGAAUUAGUUAAUGACAUGUGUAAUUAUCAAUCCAUGAUUGAAGAAACUAUUGAUUUUACACUUGUUGAACGUGGAGAUUUUUUAAUUCAAUCAGGAUUUGAUGAGGAAUUACAGGAAAUGAGAAAUCAAAUGGAUGAACUGGAAAAAAAAAUGAAAUCAAACUUGACUAAAACUUCUGAAACAUUACAAAUACAAGUCAAAUUAGACUCAAAUUCACAGUAUGGAUUUUUUUUCAAAGCUUCUUUAAAAGAUGGUAAAACAGUAUCAAAUAAUAAAUCUUAUGAAGUACUUGAUACAACAAAAGGUGGUGGAAUGCGUUUUAGAUCUUCUAAAUUAACAGAACUUAAUAAUGAUUACCAAACUAUUCAUCAGAAAUAUGUAGAACAUCAAAAAUCUAUAGUAGAAGAAGUUAUUAAGACAGCAAGCAGCUAUAAUGGAACUCUUAUUAAUCUCAGUCGAACAUUAGCACAUCUUGAUGUUCUUACUAGUUUUGCUAUGUUAGCAGCUAGUUCAUUACGUCCUUAUGUUAGACCAGUAUUGAAUCCUCAAGGAACAGGUUUAUUAGAUUUGAAACAAGUAAGGCAUCCUUGUGUUGAAUUACAAGAUUCUGUAUCUUUUAUUCCUAAUGAUGCUUACUUUAAACAAGGUGAAUGUACUUUUAAUGUGAUAACUGGUCCUAAUAUGGGUGGUAAGAGUACUUAUAUUAGAAGUGUUGCUACUGCAGUAUUUAUGGCACAUUUAGGAAGUUUUGUGCCUUGCGAUAGUGCUGAAAUCAGUGUUGUUGAUGCUAUUUUAGCUCGUGUAGGAGCAAAUGAUUCGCAAAUCAAGGGUUUAUCUACAUUUAUGGUUGAAAUGAUUGAAACUGUGUCUAUACUUAAAAAAGCAACUGUUGAAUCUUUAGUAAUCAUUGAUGAGUUAGGAAGAGGAACAUCUACUUAUGAAGGUUGUGGAAUCGCAUGUGCUAUUGCAGAACGUCUCGCAACUGAAACUAAAGCAUUUACAUUGUUUGCCACUCAUUUUCACGAACUUACAAAACUCAGUGAAACUAUACCUAGUAUCAUAAAUAAACAUGUUACUGCUGUAACCUCUGAAAACAAUCUAACACUUUUAUAUCAAGUACAACAAGGGUCAUGUGAUAAAAGUUUUGGAAUUCAUGUUGCAAUUAUGGCUAAAUUUCCAGAAAAUGUUAUUCAAGAUGCUUCUAAAAAACUUUCUCUAUUAGAAAGUUUUCAAAACCAAUCAAACUCCGAAAAUAAACAAAAUGAAUUAAAUGAAGCUGAUAAAGAAAAGUUUCUAAACGAAUGCAAAAGGUAUGCCAAAGAACAAACUUCAUCUGACCAGGAUUUAUUCAAUCAGAUAAAAAGACUUAGAACAGAGUUCCUUUAAUUCAUAAUAUUAUUUGAGAAUUAUUUAUUAAGAAGUUUUUAUUUAUUUUCUUUAUUUUUUAUAUAAUUAAUGUUUAUGUUCCUCAAAGUACUAAAAACUUAUGUGAAUUUUAAUUAAUAAUAAUUAUGUUGAUUAAAUAUUUAAAGUAUUCAGUUAA